AUGCCCACAAGUCCACGGGUCGUAUAUCACCUAGAAGCGUACAUGGAGUCCGAUCUACCCGGCACACCACCAGUACGAGUCCGACAAGAAAUCACCUACAUGCCACCAGCGCCCCCCUACGACCGCUCCCUCCAGCAACCCGACCUAAACUUCGGCACCAAACUACCCAAACACUGCAGCGCAGCGAAGCUAAUCCGGACCCGCAAACUCCUCCCCAACUACGGCGAAAACUCCAGCAAACUCGGCCGCUUCAAAGACAAACUCGCCGACAAAGAACUCCUCUUCGGCAUCGAGUCCUUUGCAGAAAUCCCUUACGCCCAAUUCAACGUGCUCGCCACUCCACCCAGCAUCCUAGUCAUUGGAUCCCCCCUCCCAGCUAUCGUAACAGUGCAACAUACCAAACGCUCGGAAUCGCUGCCUUCCCCACCCGAUCUCUUCAUCCGGCGUUUAAAAGUCCAGCUAAACGCAAAAAUCAACGUCUUCCUCCCCAACGAAGCCUUCUUCAAACACCCCAGCAGAGUAACCAACCACACCGACCGCCGCACCAUCGUCCUCUGCGACCACAAAUACGAAACAGGUGACGGCGAGCCCCUCUACGACGGCCUCAACCUGCUCGACGUGGCGAACAUCGAACUCGCAAAGGAUGGCAACAUAGCACCCAGCUUCACUAGCUACGGCCUAAACCUAGAAUACGAGCUUCAAAUCGAGAUCACGGGUCGAUGUGCGGACAGAGAGUGGUCCGGCAUCGCUUGCACACAACCCGUGCAAGUAGUCACGGAUUGGCAGGCUGCUCCAACCGAACCUCCUAAUGUAUUCGAAGCUGGGCCGGGACCGCUGGCAUACCACGAAUUAGAUGCUGCGCCGAGGUUAUACGAACUGGCUGUUCACACGGAGGAACCGCCGCCUUAUCAUGAUGAGCCGCCGCCGUAUAAUAGGAUGCUUGGUAGAACUGAUGUGGGGGGUCCGGUGGGGGCUGUUUGA